UCUUGAACCAUUCGAAUCAGGAGUAUGUUAAUGUAAGAGAAGAAGAUUCACUGAGAUUCAUUCUAAGCCUUGCAGUUAAAGCAUCGAUGCUUUAGUUUCUACGAUUGACCUUGUUUAUUGAUUUUUGUUGAGCUACAUAGAGCUGGUUGUUACAAAUUCAAUUGGGGAACAUGGACAAAGCUGUCGUUCAGACCAAGCUUGCAAGAGUAAGAGCGGUUGUUGGCAGAACCGGUUCUCAGGGUCAAUGUACACAGGUCCGUGUGGAAUUUCUGGAUGAUACUAAUAGGACAAUCAUAAGAAACGUGAAAGGCCCCAUUCGAGAAGGUGAUAUUUUAACCUUGUUGGAAACGGAAAGAGAAGCCAGAAGGUUACGUUAAUGUAUUCCAAAUAAAAGGUCGUUGUUAAAUUACUAGCUUUUCAUUCGUAAUCACAACACAUUUUCCCACGAAACGUAACCAACUCAGACGCAAGCCCGCUUUUCUGUACUUAGAAACCUACUAAUAAUUUAAACUCCAUGCUGAAAUUUUCAGUCAGACGAACCUAUGAACGCAAACCUCCUAUUUUGAUGAAGCUGCGGGGUUCUCCUCAAGUUCUGUUCAAUUUCCCGAGAACAUGGAGUUUGGGGAAGUUGACAACAACCUGAAACCGUAAACCACCAUGACAGUAGUAGUUGUUAUUUGAUGUUGUAGUUACACUGCUGACAAAUCAUUUGUCGAUUGCCGAUGAUACUAGAAACUGUCGACAGUGGGUCUUUCUCUACGGAUUUAAAAGCUUCGGCAACUGGACUAUUUCCUAAUGCCGAGUAAGUAUUUUUUUUAGCAGCGUCCUGACGUAUAUCUAACAUCAAAUGCAGACAGAUCUUUGUUUAAGAAUUUAAUUCUUUGUACCUGUUUGUGUAACUGAGUUAGAUGGUUUAUAAGUGAAUUGUGAACUCAUCGAGUUAUCGGAUUGAGGUAAACUGCAUGUAGAUAUGACUGGUCAGUACCAUAAAGUUACGUAGUAAAUCAUUCAACUGAACUACAAAUCCUCACCAUUCCGAAAACAAGUCGCGUAGUGUUUCGGUCAAACUUCAUUUUACAUGAAUUCUUUGGG